CUCACCGCCACCCGCCUGCAGGUCCGCAAGAAGAACUCGCUGAAGGACUGUGUGGCGGUGGCUGGGCCCCUGGGAGUCACGCACUUCCUGAUCCUGAGCAGGACGGAGACUAGUGUCUAUUUCAAGCUGGUGCGUCUCCCAGGAGGCCCCACUCUGACCUUCCAGGUCAACAAGUACACGCUGGUGCGGGACGUGGUCUCCUCGCUGCGCCGCCACCGCAUGCACGAGCAGCAGUUCACCCACCCGCCCCUCCUGGUGCUCAACAGCUUCGGCCCCCACGGCAUGCACGUGAAGCUCAUGGCCACCAUGUUCCAGAACCUGUUCCCCUCCAUCAACGUGCACAAGGUGAACCUGAACACCAUCAAGCGCUGCCUGCUGGUCAGCUACAACCCCGACUCCCAGGAGCUGGAUUUCCGCCAUUAUAGCAUCAAGGUGGUCCCCGUGGGUGCCAGUCGGGGCAUGAAGAAGCUUCUGCAGGAGAAGGUCCCGAACAUGAGCCGCCUGCAGGACAUCAGCGAGCUGCUGGCCACCGGCGCGGGGCUGUCUGAGAGCGAGGCGGAGCCUGACGGGGAGCACAACAUCACGGAGCUGCCCCAGGCCGUCGCGGGCCGCGGCAACAUGCGGGCGCAGCAGAGCGCCGUGCGACUCACCGAGAUUGGCCCUCGGAUGACGCUGCGGCUCAUCAAGAUCCAGGAGGGCGUGGCGGAGGGCAACGUGCUCUUCCACAGCUUUGUGCACAAGACCGAGGAGGAGCUGCAGGCCAUCCUGGCGGCCAAGGAGGAGAGGCUGCGGCUCCGGGCGCAGCGGCAGGACGUGCAGGCGCAGAACGUGCGGCGCAAGCGGGAGCAGCGCGAGGCGCACAAGAAGAAGAGCCUGGCGGGCAUGAAGAGGACCCGGGCAGAUGGGGACAGUGACGCCGAGGACCCCGGGGCUGCCCCCGAGGCAGAGGGAGCAGGCCGGCGGGAGGAGGAGGAGGAGGACGAGGCCGAAUAUUUCCGCCAGGCCGUGGGCCAGGAGCCGGAUGAGGACAUGUUCCCGGGCGCGGCCAAGCGCAGACGGCCCGCAGGGCCUCCACGCAAGAAGCCGCGGGGAAAGGAGCGGAGGCCGGACCGAGGCCAGGACCGCCGGGCUCCGGGUGGCCAAGGGAGGCCCCCAAAGCCCAAGGGCAGGCCCUGGGGAGCCCAGGCCAAGCCCGGGCCCAGGGGGUCUGCACAGGACCGUGGGCGAGGCCGGGCACGGCCACGGCCACCCAAGAGAGUGGCCUGAGUUGGAACGAGUGGUGGACAUCGCCCCAGAUUGGGGCCCGAGAGCCGCCGCCCUGGGGCUCCCCCUGCGGCCCUCGGUUUCCUUUCAUAAAGGAGCUGUCUCCCCAGCCCUCCUCCCCAAUAAAGGACGGAACUUGA